UCGGACAUUUCAUUGUAUAUAAGUAAAUAUAUAUAUACAUAUACCAGGUAGAUAUGUAUGGCCGAACAUGGCGCGUGUAUACAUAUAAAAAACAUGAGUGGAUAUUUGAUGUGGAUAUAUCGUUGUAGAGUCUCUUCGUCUUAAAUUGUUGGUUGUUAGUAAAGUGGUCGUUGUUGCAUGUCCCUCGCCUCGCUCUAGCACGGGACGGUGCGUAGUGCCGGGCUUGGAUGAGAAAAUUCCCGACACUAUCUCCCUCUCAAUGCUCUCAGCUUUGUGCAGGCCCUGUGUUCCUGUGUGUAGUGGUAUCUCCUCCCUUUUGUUGUAUGUGUACAUGUGCGCCGUCAUUGUGGCGCACCGAUUUGAAGCUCACAGAGUUUCCUGUCCAUGGAUAUAUUCUCCGCUUGAGCGCUCGUUUCCGCCGAGCGCCAAAUUGCUCCAGUGUAGCCGCGCAUUGCUACACGGCAUUGGCUUCUCCAACGUGUCCCAUCUCUUCCCGCGCCGUUUCGCAGAAGACGUAUUUCAUAUAAAUAAAGUCGUGAUAGGUCACACGACAGCAUCCCAUCCCAAAAAAUCAGGUAUAAAAAAAGACAAGAGUCGAAUAGUAGUAGAACAAAAAGUAUAAAAAAUAUAAAAAAAAGGAAGAGAAGGAAGAAGGUA